CUAGCGGUCCCCGCGCCCUGCCCGCCAUGUCCCGCCGCCGCGCGCUGCCCGCCGGGGCCCUGCUCGCCCUCCUCGCCCUCGGGGGCGCGGCUCAGACGACAGACGACACGGCCUGCUGCGGCCCCAUCGUGCCCCGGAGCGAGUGGGGGGGCCAGGAGUCCAACUGCAACCAGAACCUGAGCCUGCCAGUGUCCUUCGCGGUGGUGUCGCACACGGCGGGCAGCACCUGUGAGUCCCCGGCCUCGUGCCAGCAGCAGGUGCGGAACGUGCACCACUACCACACGCAGACGCUGCAGUGGUGCGACGUGGGCUACAACUUCCUGAUUGGAGAAGACGGGCUCGUGUACGAGGGCCGGGGCUGGCACACCAAGGGCGCCCACUCGGGUCCCAGCUGGAACCCCAUAUCCAUUGGCAUCACCUUCAUGGGCAACUACAUGGAGCGGGAGCCCCCGGCCCGGGCCCUGCGGGCAGCCCAGAAUCUGCUGGCCUGCGGUGUGGCUCGGGGAGUCCUGAGACCCAUAUAUCAGCUCAAAGGACACCGGGAUGCGCAGAGGACGCUCUCUCCGGGAGACCAGCUCUACAGAAUCAUCCAGAAGUGGCCGCACUACCACGACUGAGGACCUGCUCCUCAGCCCCCCACCCCCACCCCGUUCCUCUCCGCCCAUGGCCAGAAGCCCACUGCCGCCUCCUCCAAUAAAGGUGCAGCCCAAGCUGUGUUCCUAGGCA